AGCUGUCGUGAUCGCGCUCACUCGCCGCAAAUACCCACCAAUUCCUCGUCCCAUUUUCCUAUCACUACUAUAUAUCCGCCCAGACAUACCUGCGUGCAUCUACACGUACCUUAACACGUCUAACCUAAUAGCCGCCUACCUAGCCUACCUUCCAUUACGUAUAUAGGACGAUAUUGGCUCUUUUUGCCUGUUGCGCGCCGCUGUCACGCCUAUCCCACCUAAUACACCAAUACAUCACCCUCCUUCUACCGCGAUUCUCUGGCGGCACAAAGGUGCGUCGGAAGCGUCUGUCCCACUAGCGAGGUCCUGCUGCUGGAGUCUUUCCAUCUCGUCAUUAUUUCCCAACGAACGGUCCCACGAACCCGGCAGCUCGGCGAGAUCCUUGGCUUACCCGAUAUUUCUACCUACCUAGCCUCCUCUCCCGUCGCCGAAUCCGCUCUACGAUAUUCCCAACCGGAUGACUUGAAAUCCAACUACUCCUGACAGUUUCACCUCCGAAAUGUCUGUGCCAUCCAACGGGGUGUCCAAUGGCUUUCACAAAGAGAUGGACAAGGUAUCCCUGAACGGCGACGUCGACGCGCCCGCCUUGGCAGAAGAGAAGCCGGUGAGGAGGACCGCGUCGAACCGUAAGAACUCGAGCCCCAUGAUGCCCGCCUUCAUGGUUUCGGCGCCUGGCAAAGUCAUCGUCUUCGGCGAGCAUUCCGUGGUCCACGGCAAGGCAGCUAUCGCCGCCUCCAUCUCGCUCCGUUCUUACCUGCUCGUCACGCACCUAUCCAAGGCCAGACGCACCGUGACCCUUCAAUUCCCCGAUAUCGACCUCGUCCAUACUUGGGACAUUGACCAAUUGCCCUGGGACAAGUUCUCGCACCCGUCUAAUAAGAAAUACUACUACGACCUAGUCACGUCCCUCGACACCGAUCUGUUGAAGGCUAUACAACCGCAUCUGGUGCACAUCUCGCCAAAUAAACCCGACGCUGAGCGCAAGAUACACCAGAACUCGGCCGCGUCGUUUCUCUACUUGUUCUUGUCGCUAGGGUCGCAGAAAUCGCCAGGCUUCAGGUACACGCUCCGAUCUACUAUACCGAUCGGGGCUGGGCUUGGUAGUAGCGCGUCAAUUGCCGUCUGCUUGGCUACUGCCAUGCUGCUGCAGAUCCGUACCCUGUCGGGUCCGCAUCCGGACCAGCCCUCGGAAGAGGCACGCCUGCAAGUGGAGAGGAUUAACAGAUGGGCAUUCGUAGCCGAGAUGUGCAUACACGGAAAUCCUUCCGGGGUGGACAAUACUGUAGCGACCCAAGGGAAGGCCGUCGUAUUUCAGCGAACCGACUACCAGAAACCGCCGAACGUAACGCCGCUGUGGGAUUUCCCCGAGUUACCGUUACUCUUGGUAGACACGAGAACGCCCAAGUCUACGAACGUGCAGGUGGCCAAGGUGGCGAAGCUGAAAAACACGCAUCCAAAGCUGGUGGGAACCAUCAUGGACGCCAUGGAUCAAAUAACUAGAAGUGCGGAGAGCCUAAUCGAGGAGGAGUACUUCGACAACGAGGACCCAGAGAGCCUACGGCGGCUGGGAGAGCUAAUGACCAUCAACCACGGCCUGUUGACCGCCUUGGGUGUCUCGCAUCCUCGCCUCGACCGGAUACGCGAGUUGGUAGAUCACGAGGGGGUCGGGUGGUCGAAGCUCACGGGCGCGGGAGGCGGCGGAUGUUCAAUUACGCUGAUGAAGCCGGGCGUGCCUCAGGACAAGGUGGACCGACUCGAGCGCCAGUUGGAGAAGGAGGGCUACUGGAAGUUCAUGACCACGCUCGGCGGGGACGGUGUCGGCGUGCUGUGGCCAGCGGUGCUGAAGAAUGGCCUAGACGAGGACGAGGAGGGCGGCAUGGAGAUUGACCUCGAGAAAUUUCUGAACGCGCCCGGUAACGACGGCGUAGAGAAGCUCGUCGGCGUCUCCGGCGGAAGCGGGGAGAGGGAGGGAUGGAAGUUCUGGCGUGUCGAGAGUCAGUGAAGGGUGCGCGUCGAGGGAAGGGGGCGGCUCGGCACUAUGCCGUUUUAUCUGAUUGAUCGCUGUCUAAAGCAUAGUGCUGUCGGAUGCUGUGAGGAAUGCGAGGUGCGAGUCGACGGUGCGAUCAGAGUUUCCUGGUCGAGGAGGAUGGGUGUGGAGGCCUAAUUCGAGUGAGGAGGUACCUAAUUACGAAGAGUCCUGGGGCACCAAACGGUCGCUGUUUAUAUAGGUGAGGUACCCACCUACCUCAAUAGUCAACCCCCGACAAAUCUUACUAUCCAAAUCCGUUUCUGGUGUUUGGAACCUGAGCUGUCGCUGCUUUAACC